AUGGAUAAUCUUAAGGAAUUACUUAGACCAAAAACGUUUAACAGAGUCAGCCAUGCCGCAGUUGUUAUUUGGAUCCUGAUCGGUGUAAUCUUCCUUGGCAUUUUUGCAGACGCAGAAAACAGCGAAUCCAGGUAUGAUUUCCGCUGUGACGUGACGAAGGGUAGAAACAUCGACCUUGUCCGUGGAAGAUGUUUCGAGUUAUACGAGAAGCAGUAUAACAAACACGAUGUUCCUAUCUAUACCUUCGUGAUCAUGAAUUUCUUCCUCAUCGGAACUGUCUGUGUUAUUUACUCCCAAAUAGCGAGCCCUACAGUCGAUCAACUGUCGCCAAGCGCUCGUAACGGUGACGUCGAGAGGCAGUUGGGCGACCAAAGAAACGCACUUUCUAGUAAAAAGCUGUUUAUCGCUUACUGCUGUCAACUUUUCGCAAGGAUUGUUUUAAAAGUUCUCUUUAUGGUUCUACAAAGUCAGUUUCUUUAUCCUCUGGGCUUUCCCCCCAACUUUCCUUGUUAUCUAACCUCUGGAGGGAGUCAGCCAAGGAAUUCUACUGGCGUCUGGUACGAGUGUCAUAAUCAACGAGCAACUAAGAAAAACUCCUGGAUGCGCGCUGUUCUUGUCGUGAACGGAAUUUUUCUCUUUGGCAUUCUGUCAGAAACCGUCUAUAUUUUGCUACGAGCGUGGAAAGAGGAUAGUUUCAUGAAAAAUUCCAAGUUUCUAGAGGCUCACCUGAAUCCCUUCCAUACCAACUCGCAAAAUGCUACCACAUCGACUAUGCUGAGACCUGAACCUCCUCAGCAAGAAGAAAGAACAGAGCAAGAAACGAACACCCCACAAGAACAACACCAGGAAGAGGAAAGUAAAGAACAUGAAACGAGCAUCCCACAUCUGCCAAGCAAGCCUCAAAAAGAAAGAACAGAGCAAGAAACGAACGUCCCACAAGAACAACACCAGAAAGAGGAAAGUAAAGACCAUGAAAAGAACAUCCCACAUCUGCCAAGCAAGCUUCAAGAAGAAAGAACAGAGCAAGAAACGAACGUUCCACAAGAACAACACCAGGAAGAGGAAAGUAAAGAAAAUGAAACGAACAUCCCACAUCUGCCAAGCAAGCCUCAAAAACUCCAAAAACCACCGCUUCAGGAAUUCAUCGAGAACACAAAGAGAGUCAUUAAAGAUGAGACAAAUCGACCUCCCCAACUGCGGUCGCCUUUUCCAAGUACUCCCGGCGAAGGACACCCAGCUAAACAUUUGACUCUGGAUCAGAUUUACACUAAACUUGCCGUUGUUCCAGACAUAGCUAAUUAUGACUUUACUGGAGACAGACAUGAGAAACUGAAAGUCUACGCCAGAUCAAGUGAGACUAAAAACACAACACCUAGAGGGCCGGAGGACAUUCUUAACCACGAAAACAAAAACGUUUUGAUUGUUGGUCGUCCUGGAAUCGGAAAGACACUUUGCUGUACCAAACUUCUCAGAGACUGGGCAUUUAACAAAGUAUUCCAUGACUCACCUGAUGCCAAAAUUCAUUUCGACGCUACUUUCUUUAUCAAAUUCAGAGCAUUCAACGCGGCACCCGACCUUAGCCUCAGGGAACUGCUCACAUUGUCAGAAUAUUCCCCCUCAAAUCACAUGGAUGAUGAAGUCUGGAAUUACAUCCUCGACAACCCUCAAAGAGUUCUGAUUAUUUUCGAUGGAAUCGAUGAAUUUAAACAUAAUUCAAAGAUCGGCGAGGAAAAUUUCGAGCCUAAAUUCAGAAACCGCGUAGACGAGAAGAUGCCCCUAUACGCCUUGUACGAGAAGCUUGCGACUGGGAAACUUCUCAACGGAGCUGCCGUUUUGACAACCACAAGACCUACGGCUUUGCCAUGCAUUAUUGACCAUGUUCGUUUCGACAAAAUUUACGAGAUCCUCGGCUUCUCAUCCCGACAAGUCAAAGAAUACGUAAACAAAUUCAGUGCUGAAGAGGACGAGGAUGCGCGAGAAUCACUAUGGCGACACAUCGGCGGCAAC